CUUUUAAGAAGAUGUUCGUGAAUGAGGCCCAUUGUGAGCUGUGUUGUUAUUCUGCUUGUUUAGAUAUAGAAGUACCUUAUUCUCACAGACGUGUGAGCAGCACAGUAUUAACUUCAGGAUGCAGGAAGUUCAGCAGGGUUGCAAAUCUGGGAGAUUGGCGCUAAAAGCUCUGUAUCGGCUUUGAUUGUAGGGGGAAAAAAACGAUGCCGAUGUCGGCCAAGUCACAUUUUUAUGCCAGUAUCGGCCUGAUAAUUGUCGGUGACCGAUAAUAUCAGACAUCCCUACCUUUAACUUUUUUCAACAACUAGCAGAACAUGAACGGAGAACAUUGCAAAGCUGUUACUUUAAUGGCAAAGUUGCUGAGAGCACUGCCAACAUUUAAAUGGUACUUUAUUCCCAAAGCACAUCUCCACUCAGUGUGCUCCUUUGUCAUUAAAUAAAGGUGUCAUUGUUGAAUAGGACACUUAUAAAAAUGCUAAGAGGUAAAGCAAAUAUUCUGUGGUGAACGACUCAACAUCAGCUGGGGAGCUACCUGUUGCAGACCCCUGUGACAGCAUCAGUGUCUAAAGCUGGACACACAACGUUUUUCGGUCGCACAACUUCCACACACAACUACAGUCGUGUUGUGAAGACAAGCCGUAAGUUUUAUAAUGAUAACAAGAGAGAAAGAUUGUUAAGUGACACUUUAAACUACAGUAAGCUGUGAUGAUGAUCGAUGCUCGCAGGUCGCCCGUGGGACAAAAACGAGCUAGCAAGAUGCCGCCAGCCAGGCAUGUAAACAAAAAUACUAAAAAUUCAAACGAGAUUGAAACGUGAGCGAUCACACGCGUCGUCACAGACGGGUUUGUCACAUUUUACGUGCUAUUGUUGGUUCUCCCAAUAAUAAGAAACAAAGUGAGUGUCCACACAAGACAUGUCGCAUAUCCGGUCACAUGCGCAAGUGCCAGCAAGACGGCCAGGCUAUUCCGGUGCAUGCUCAUCAAAAUAAAGCGCAGUGAAACAUUUUGAUGAUAUUUUAAAUACUGUAGUUUUCUAGCUAAUUGUGGUCAGUAUGUGCAGAAACAAUAAGCUGAAAGAGUGCUUGUGCAGGACUUUAUUUCCCUUUCAGACCUGUUGAAAUGUUGAAAGAUUGCUGGGAGUUGGCAAAAGCGUGAAGUAGAAAUGUUUAUUUUAGACGAUGUGUCACGGUGGCGUCACACAUGACGCCAUGAUUGAAAGUUCAGCCAUGACACGCACACACCUCUAGCAUGACCUAUUUACCCCCCUCCCACUGGAAAUGUCACAGCGGUGACCUCAAGCAUUGAAGUCCCAGCAGAAUGAGACUGAGGCUGACUUUCCAUGUGUGGGCUCCACAAGGGGGGGAGACGCCCUGAGGGUGAGACGGGCACACGGCGUUUCCUCCCAAAUCUGGAACUCAUUCAGUGGACUUUUACGGCCGACGAUACCUCUAUGGCCUUCUAGCCGCUGUCAGGAUAUUCUCACACUCAUUCCAUCUUAUUUUCCAUUGCGGACUUUCAGGAAACGCUUGGCAACAGCAAGGACACCCUUACCAACGCGUCAUGAAGGCUUUAUUACCUCCUUGCUGACUUCAUACGCGCUUAAUCCACAAGAUAAUCAUUAGUUGCCUAAUUAUUGAUCACGUAUUGUGUCAGUUUAGCUUGAACUUGCUAAAGCCUUGUGAAAUGUUUUGAAACUACUAUUAUGACUCCUAUUCUUGGUUGGAUGUUGUAUAUGAGACUUAAUACCCUGCUAAGAUAAGAGCAGUGAGGAUGUAAUUUUAUUGAAAAAAAAAACCACAUUAAAAGGAUUCAUAAACUGGUUGUUAAUGCAAAUACUACCAGUACUCGCUGCAGCAGGGGUGUCCAAAGUGCAGCCUGGGGACCAUUUGUGACCUGUGGCAUUAUUUAAAGUGGCCCUAUCUAAUAAAUCUCUUUUUUUUUUUUAAAACAAAAAAAGCAAAAAUGGAGAAAGGAGCAGUAAUUUGGUGGCCUGUGGCAUUAUUUACUGACCCUCAGUACAUUCUACAUCUCUACAUUCAUUUUUACGUUGUUAGAUCACGUCAUCUUGUCUUGUAAUAUCAGUUCCUCCUGCCGGAGGAAAUUCGAGGCAGCUAAUUGCGGCAGGCAACCUGCGGCCAGCUUUUGUGUGUACCCGAUGUGGCACGCCAGGCCAGGGCUGCUGAGCCCCUCCAGACGCUGCUCUCGUCAAGUUUGGCUCUACAGAGACACACACCAUCGUCUCUCCAGACUGAAGGGUGCCUACCAUGCAAAACUAAGAAUAAAGUUGCAGUUAAUAAAGUUCUAAUAUUACCAGAAUAAAGUCCAAAUAUUAUGGGACUAAAACCAUAAUAUCUAGAGGGAAAAAAAUAGGAGAAGAAGGUUGAAAUGUUUGUAAAUGGAAAAAAACAACAGCAAAAAUGGAGAAAUGAGAAAGGAAUAUGUGAAACCCAGAACCCAAGUUGGUUUCAGCUUGAGGUCACCGACAGAUGGCCAGACAUUCUCCUUCAGCAGAAUUCAUCUUUCCAUUUAUCACAGCACGUCUCCCAGGUCCUGAAGACCAUCACACUACCACCACCAUAUUUUACUGUUGCUAUGAAAUGCGGCGAUACUUUUACACCAGAUGUAGUGGCACACACACCUUCCAAAAGGUUCAACGUUUGUCUCGUCAGUAUUUUCCCAAAGGUCUCGGGGAGCGUCAAGAUGUUUUCCAGUCUCAAUUUUGUUUUUGUUCAGCAGUGGUUUUGGUCUUGGAACUCUGCCAUGCAGACCGUUUUUGCCGAGUGUCUUUCUUAUGGUGUAGUCAUGAACACUGACCUUAACUGAGGCAAGUGAGGGGUCUCUUGUGGGGUCUUUUGUGACCUCUCGGAUGAGCCGUUGGCCACUCCUGGGAAGGUUCACCAGUGUUCCAUGUUUUGGCCAUUUGUGGAUAAUGGCUCUCACUGAGGUUGGCUGGAGUCCCAAAGCUUUAGCUUCCACACUGAUAAGAUUUCAAUCUCAGUUAAGUUAUAUUUUAACAGGGGGGCAAUCACUUUUCCACACAGGGCCAUGUAGCUUUGUAGAUUUUUUUUCUCCCUUAAUAAUAAAAAGUUUCAUUUAAAAACUGCCCGUAUCUCCCAUGCUUGUAGGUUUUCUUUAAAUCUCCCCAAAAGCUACAAAAAGGCUGUUUUUAAAUGUUUAAAGUUUUUGUAAUCGUUUCUAAAUAGGUAAUUCAUUAUUAUUUCUAAAUGAUGAAUGCUUAUUGGUGCAUUUACCGUCUUUCUGGUUCAUUACCAUCCAAACAGUCCUGCUUGAAAGUUAAUCCUGAGCUUAAGUACAAAUACAAAUAAAACACAUGAUCAACUUAAAAUCAUUACAACAAGGACGUGCUCUUAUUAUCAACUUUUAUUUUGUAUUGUUUCAGUGAUAGUCAAGCUACCAGCACAGUUGUAAAUCAGCAGUACUUCUUUUCCUCUCGGUAUACACAGUAUACUGUACUGUGUAGACUUCAAUCGGAAGUAUCCGUAUUCCUUGUAAAGUGUAUCAUGUUGGAAGCAUAGCACGAUGUCUGCUCAUAGAAGGUGUCAAAUAACAGGCAGUGGUUUUUCAUGCUGCUUUAAGUAUUGUGUUUCUAGUAUUUGUGUCGUGAAGGAAUGGAUGUUACAGUUAAUUAGUUGUCGUUCCCUCCUCUUCCUCCAUCUUCCCUCCUUUUCCUCCAUUUACUCCUCCCUACGGCUGCAUAAAUUGGGCUAAGUGGGUCCUUGCAUGCACACACUAACACACACUAACACACACACACACACACACUUAUGCACACAUCUGGAGCAGCUGGCUGCACUAUGCAUCUGCUGGCUCUCUUCUGCACGCUUGGCUUCCUGCUCAAAGAGACGCACACAUGGAGCUUCAGGAACGGAAUAUUUCACAACUCCAUAUGGCUGGAACAAGCAGCUGGAGUUUACCACCGGGAGUCCCGCAAGGGCAGGUACCAGCUGACGUACAAAGAGGCCAAAGCUGUGUGCAAAUACGAGGGAGGAUCGCUGGCCACAUACGAGCAGCUGGAGGCCGCCCGGCAAAUAGGUUUCCAUGUGUGCGCGGCAGGAUGGUUCGAUAAAGGCCGGGUGGGCUACCCCAUCGUCAAAGCGGGCGCCAACUGCGGCUUCGGAAAGGUGGGCAUCAUCGACUACGGCUACAGGCUCAACAAAAGCGAGAGGUGGGACGCAUACUGCUACAACCCCAGCUCCAAGGAGUGCGGCGGCGUUCUGACGGACCAGCAGAGGCUCAUCCAGUCUCCGGGUUUCCCCGAAGAGUACCAGGAUGAGCAGAUCUGCUACUGGCACAUCCGUGUGCGUCUGGGCCAGAGGAUCCUGCUGCACUUCCUGGAGUUUGACGUGGAGGAUGACACGGCGUGCCUGGCCGACUACCUGGAAGUGUACGACAGCUACGACGACGUGUCCGGCUUUGCUGGGAGGUUUUGUGGUGAUUUCAUACCAGAGGACAUCAUCAGCACAGGAAACGUGAUGACGCUGAAGUUCCUCACCGACGCUUCAGUCACAGCCGGAGGUUUCCAGUUGCAAUAUUUAGCUGUGGAUGCGUCUGCAUUGUCACACAAUUACACUGACUACUUUCAAUAGUUUCUUUUCAUUUCAUUGUUGAAUUUAUCAUUACAGAAGACACAUUUACAGUACGUCUCCUUCAAUCGACGAGCACUGGGUACUUGUCCAAGACUUGACUGCUAUGUUAUCCCACCAUAUUAAAAAAUAAAAUAUUGUAAACUGUGAUGCAAAUAUGAAUAAA